AUGUCUUCUUUCGGUGCAAAGACGAAUUGUGAGGACGUUGUCCACGCCUUCUCAUCCAAAGUCGAAGGCCGCACGUUUCUCAUCACCGGCACGAGUGCCAAAGGCCUUGGCGCAGCCGCAGCCAUAGCUCUAGCCAAAGCACAUCCUACACAGCUCAUCCUCGUGGGCCGUACCAAGUCCAAGGUAGAUCCAGUAAUUGAGGAUAUCGUGUCGACCGACCCGAAAGUCAAGGUCACAUUUGUUCAGUGCGAGCUGUCCGACUUCGACUCGGUCAGGAAAGCAGCGAAGGAGAUCCUGGACAACAAGGACAUCUCCAAGAUCGACGUCGUUCUCAACAACGCCGGGAUCAUGGGCGUCAAGGAGUACACCAAGGACAAGCAGGGGUAUGAGCUGCAGCUUUCUUCGAACCACCUUGGUCAUUUCCUUCUCACCAACUUGCUCCUGCCCAAGAUCCUGGCAGCCGGAUCCGGCUCACGCAUUGUUAAUGUCACAAGCCGAGGUCACCGCAUCAGCCCUUUCCGCUUCAACGACUACAAUUUCUCAGAUGGGAAGGAGUACGACCCCUGGAGCGGGUAUGGACAGAGCAAGACGGCCAACAUACUCUUCUCUGUUGAGCUGGCACGCCGAUUGGCAGACAAGGGUAUUCGGGCUUAUGCUGUUCACCCUGGUGCCAUCUUGGGGACUGGGCUGACCGCGAAUUUGUCAUUCGAGGUCUUUUCGGAUGUUCCUGAGAUUGCGAAGCGCAACAAUGGAUGGGAAAGCUUCUCCCCGCUGGAUGUCAGCACUUUCAAGAGUUUGUCCCAGGGAUCGUCGUCCUUGGUCGCUGCAUGCCUAGACCCUUCUUUCGAUGCCAAGAGUGGUGGAUAUGUCAAGCACUGUCAGAUCGACAAGGCGUUGGAUUAUGCGACUGACCCGGAAAACGCGAAGAAGCUUUGGAGUCUAAGUGAAGAACUCGUCGGCCAGAAGUUUGAGUUCUAA